CCGGUUGAUGGACCAGACCUGGCCACGGGUCGAUGAGCAGGAGAGCGGGCCGGUGCGCUGAUGCGGGAGUUUGCGGGACUGGUCUAUCCCCCGGGGUAUGUGCCGCACGACCCGGCGGAGGCGCAGCCCGAGAAACGCGCGGCGUCCGGCGGUCGCAAGGCGGCUGCGAAGAAGGCUCGGGUGGGCGACGUUGCCGUUCCCGCCGCCACCGCUCCCAUUCCCGCCGCGCCCCUUCCCGCCGCGCCCCUUCCCGCCGCGCCCAUUCCCACGAUCGAGGAGAUUAAGCGCGCUUCCAUCGAUGGGACGCUGAACAAGUUCACCCGGGCGAUCCUGAAGCAGUUUUGCGUAUUCAACAACCUGUUUCCCACUGAAAACGCAACUACAAGAAGGAUGACUUAAUUGUCGGCAUCACGAGCCACUUCGCUAGGGAAGGCUGGGCCAUCUGGCCGUGAACGUUGGCGCCUUUGGAUGCUUUGUGGAGUGUGGUAUUUAAAGUAUUUCACAGUUUCUGUGAAAGCUUUUUGAGUGUGUU